AUGUCUUUCUAUUUGUUUGCUGUGUAAUGGAACCCAGUGACUGAGAAAAAAGAACCUCUGUGUGAAAAUGAAUAAGAAAAAAAGACGGGGAAGGUCCAGGCGAUCAAACUUUCAAAUACAGAUGCCAUUUGUUUGUUGUUUAUUUUCACCUGUAACUCUUGCACCAGCCGGCGAAUACAGCGUUAAUAAUUGAGUUUUGGGGACAUACGACCAUGAUUAUUCAGAUAUCGAUGCUUUUAUUUUCUGGGUUGCCUUCUUUUGAAAAAUGCAGCCUUUCUUGACGCAGCUUAAAGUGACGCUGAAUUCCUUUGGGAAUUUUCACCGCCAAAAGUCACAAAUAAAAAUUGCGUGUCUUUUUUGCAUUCAUUUUUUGAUCAAAAAUUAAGUGAUGGCAAACAAAUUUGGUUGUGCCUUACCGUUCGCCGAACUUGCUGUGACAGCCACAGUGGCUCUCAUUACCGGUUACUUUUUGGGAAAACAGCUGCAUGGUUCUGAUGUCGAAUGUGAGAGUCCUGCACUCGAAAACGAUGACGAUCUGGACGAAUUGCCAACAGGCGCGAUCGACUGUAGCAAAUAUGAGGAUUACAAAAUGGUGCUAGUUGUACGUCAAGAUUUGGGCAUGACCAAGGGCAAGAUUGCGGCUCAGUGUGGUCAUGCUACCUUGGCAUGCUACAAAGCGGUCAAGAAGAAUAACCCAGAGAUGCUCAAACGCUGGGAACAGUCUGGUCAGGCCAAGGUCGCUUUGAAAGCCAGCAGUGAAGACCAAUUAUUGGAACUUCAAGCGAUUGCUCAAAGUCUCAAUUUGCCUGCUCAAAGCAUAUGCGAUGCGGGUCGAACUCAGAUCGCCGCUGGCUCGCGCACUGUGCUCGGCAUUGGUCCAGGGCCUGUGGAGCUUAUCAACGAGGUGACGGGUCAUUUGAAGCUGUUGUAGAACACAUAUUUUUUCAAUUCGCGCUAUUUAUUUCAUCUUUUUCAUGCAGUCCAAAAAUAAAGAAUAUCGGAUGAAGCAUUCUCG